AUGGCUCAUCGUCAGCUGGCCAGAAGGUAUGCUGCUCAGCUCAAUGCUGCCCACAAGCGCACCCUUGAGCUUGAAAGUACAAUCGCCGACCUUGAGAAUGACCUUGCGAUGCGCGAAAAUCCCAGCGAGCCCUCCCUGAGGUCAAAACCGAGGAGCACACUAGCCUCCGCCGCGCCCGAGUUGAAAGAUGCACAAUCAACAUAUGCAGAGGCCUCCGCUCUCGCACCCGCUGGUGCCGAAGCAAAGAGGAUCGAAGCUGAGCGUCUUCUGGCGGAAACGAAACAGUCGCUGAACGCCAUCGUCGACAAUAUGCAGCGAGCCGCCGAGCAACGGGAAGCAACUUAUCAGCGUUCCACCAGCAACUUGGAGAAGAGACUUCAAGCCGCGCACAACGCCCACGCCGCACAGAAGCAAAUGGGCUGCUUUCCCGCCAUGGCUCCUAAAGACCCGCAGCUCGUGCAACAGCUCCAGAAUAUCACGCAGCAAAGAGACCACGCACUCGCCGAAUUGGCGUCGGCACGCGGUCAGCUGCAGACUGCUGUGUAUGAGAGUGGCUCGCUCCGAAUUCAGGUGGCGACACUGAAGCGCGAGGGAGAGGGAGAGAAGAGGAAGCUUGCUGAAGUGCAGGUUUCUUGUCAGAAGCUAGAUGCGGAGCUGAGUCGUGAGAAGAAGCGCAGGAUCGACGCCAAGUUCAUGUCGGGAGCAGAGGGCGAGAAGUGCAGGGGAUGUACCCGGGAGGUUAUUGACCUGGUCGGUGACGAUUGA